UAGCUUUACCAACCACAGCAAGAAGCAGAAACGCUAAAUAAAAGGUUGGUGCGGUUCUGCUCAUCACUGGAAAAUGCUAAACAUAAUCACCUCUCAUUUCUAGUGCGGACAUCAUUUCUAGUAUUGCUUUAAUACAGAUUUAUCUGUUUUAUCAGCAGCAGUAGCGUGAGAGCGGCUAGUUAGCUUCCGAGCUAAGUGAGAAGCUAAGUGUUCGAGGAGAAGAAGCUCUUUCCUUUUAAAGGCGCAGGCGCUGAGAAAACUGCCGCAUUUUCAGACACUGGAUCGUUUCGAGGAUUUUCCCGAGGAACAGAGACGAGUUUUGCCGGCCUUCCUCCGCAUCAUGUCGGCUUUGGAGCAACUCCAGUGUUGACCUCAAAGAACCAACAACCAGAGAGAUGAAGGAGCAACAGCAGGAAGCAGAACUCCAGCCGAUGACGGGGAUAAAAGAAGAGACAGAACCUCAACCAAUUAAAGAGGAACAUGUUGAGUUGUCCAUCUUUAAAGAUGAAGGACCAUUUGUGGUGAAGCAGGAGGGCAGCAGCUUCAUGGUGAAUCCUGCACAUGAAUCAGAGCUCCAGCAGACAACGGAGACUAAAGAGGAACCAGAACCUGUAGAGGUUAAAGAGGAACUCUGCAGUGAUCAGACUGAAGAUCAGCUUGUAGUGAAGCAGGAGGCUGAAACCUUCUUGGUGUCUCCUAGUUGUGAGCAAAAAGACAACGGUGAACCUAACAAGAACCAACAGCAGCCAGGAAGCAACCAGAAAGACUCUGGAUCAAGUGGAGAAAAAGAUCUGAAGCCAGACAGGAGACAUCAGGACACCAGAAAUCACAGGGACGAUGUGGACAAGUCAAAACCAAAGAGACAAAGAAAAAAACUGCCCACUUGUGAAAUGUGUGGAAAAAGUUUCACUCAGCUCAGGUACCUGACUGCUCACCUGAGAACUCACACAGGUGGGAAACCAUUCAAAUGUACGACCUGUGGAAGAGGGUUUAUUAAGCAGAAUAACUUGACUAAACAUGUAAGGAUUCAUACGGGUGAGAAACCGUACCCCUGUGAAUUCUGUGAUAAAUCCUUCAGAACCAGCAGUCAGUGGGAUAGUCACACUAGAACCCACACAGGUGAGAAACCCUUUUCCUGUCCCACUUGUGGAAAAUGCUUCUAUAGGCGCUUUGACAUGACCAUCCAUGUGAGAACCCACACAGGAGAGAAGCCGUUUUCAUGUCAGAUUUGUGGAGAGCGAUUCAUCAGAAAGACCACCUUUAAAAUCCAUGUGAGAGCUCACACAGAGGAGAAGCUGUAUGCCUGUACGGUCUGCGGCUCGUCCUUCAGGCUUGGCUACGAUCUGGCUCGUCACAUGAGGAUUCACACGGGCGAAAAGCCGUUCUCAUGCCCAACCUGCGGGAAAUGCUUCAGGGUGAGAGGCAGUUUAAAUGAACAUCUGAGAGUUCACACAGGUGAGAAGCCUCAUCCGUGUUUGACCUGUGGAAAAAGUUUCACCCGGAAGCGUAAUCUGACGAUUCACAUGAGAACCCACACAGGUGAGAAGCCGUUUUCUUGUGAUGACUGCGGUAAAUCCUUCUCUGACAACACUGUGCUGAUCAACCACAUGAGAACCCACACAGGCGAGAAGCCCUUCUCAUGUCCUGUAUGUGGGAAAAGUUUUGCUAAAAGAUACACCUUGACGGUGCACAUGAAGACCCACACACGUGAGAAGCCGUUUUCCUGCCAGUCGUGUGGUGAGGCUUUUACAUCAAGACGUAAACUGACUAAACAUGUCUGCAGUUAAUUCCUAGAAUGCCUGCAAACAUUAGCAUAAUGAAUAAACCACUCAAUCCUUUCUGUGCUUGGAGUGCUGCUGCCAUCUGCUGGACAUAUUAUACCCAGAGGAAGAUUUACAGUAGAAUCUGAGAUUUUUCUGGUUUUCUCAGAUGCUGCUGAUCUUAUUUCAUUUCUUUGUUGUUGGAAGAAAUGAUUCAUGUUUUUUUCAACAUACUUAUUGAAGUCAUGACUCUGCUUCCAGAUGUGUUUGACUGAACAUCAGCUGGACUUCAUGUUUCCUAAAGACUCUUCACUUUUCAUUCAACAUGACCUGAGCCACUUCCGUAUGUGGAGCUAAUUCUGAUACGUAUCCGAUUGUUUCAAAGCGUCUGCAGUCUGAAAGCUCAGCUCACAUUUUAACUGCUCACAAUGAACAGUUAAAGUUCAACUGUUCACAUUGAAGACUCACUGCAGUUAAAUAAAUUAUAAUAAUAAUGUAAUAAAUUAGCAGCAUAAACGACCAGGCAAAAAAAACAAACUUAUUUCAGCAAAAAUGUUGAAUUAACCACCAAGGCCUGCUGUGUGAAUUUCAUGAGACUGAACUGUUUGUGGUUUGCUACCAGAUGUCAGAUCAAUCGCUUUGAGACACAAUAUAUUUGCUGUUAUUCCUGUAAAUAAAUGAGAAAUCUAGCAUUUUGCAUUCAGUCUGAUUUCUCCCUUUGCAGAGAUUGAGGACUGGGAAAACAAUCAGGUUUUAGAAUCAGAGGUUGCAAUCAGCUUGGAGCUGAAAGUAUCCGGUCUAAGACCAGAUUUCUUUAUAAUUAAAAAUAAUAUUCCAUGCAAAAUUGUCCAAAAAAACCACACACACACACCUGCUGCCUUUCACACUGUCCAAUGGACACAACACAUAAAUAAAUAUAAAUUAUGAUUUAUUUUUAUUUAGUGGGGAUUUAAUGUUUUUUUCAUGGCUGUCUGCAAAAGAUGAAUUUAUUUCAUCUCCAACUACAAACACAACAUUACAGGAGAAAAGCAGAACUAGUCUCUCUGAGUUAUUCUGACCUUUAAAGCUGCUGUGGAAGCCGACCAGCUACAAGUUAUUAAUUUGUUCAGUCAGACAAGCAGCAAUUUAAAUUAUUUCUUAAUGUGCUAAAUAUUUAGUGAUCAUUUCUCACCAGUAACCAGCAACAUUGUACCCAGGAGGUAAAACAAAAGCUACUUUUGCUUUGCAUUGUCCCACCUGAUGACAGUGAGCUAGUAUGACGUGAUUUCAUAUUAUAUUCCUGAUGAAUAUUUGUUUUUGUUUUUCAACCUGAUGUAAUUAUGUUGCUGCUUUGUUUUAAAAUCUUGUUUUAUGUUCUUCUGUUUAGCUUUGAGGACCCAAAGGUUUCUGCACUUUGCUGCUUGUUUCCCUUCAUUAAGUUAUGGUGCCUGUUAUGUUGCUUAAAAAGAAAUUUAUUUUCCAUUUGUAUUUGAUUUUAUUUGUCAGAUAAAUUAUUUGACCACAAGGGGGCAGUGUAGGAUGAUAAAGAUCAGACUGAAGAAAUGUAAAUUUAUUGCAGCUGAUAUUGUGAUUAUUUUACCAACAUCUCCACUUUUUGAUUUUCAAAUAGCGUGCAGUGAUAGUCAGUAUUUUUCUAAGCAUCAAAUCGUUCUUGGUUCCUCUAGUUUUAUUAAAGUCAAGCAAGUUAAACACAGAGGACUAAAUAUUAGUCAUGCUGCAAACAAACAUGAAUUAUACAUCAACCUCUACAAACCAGAACAUCCAGUACAUCAAUACACACAUUAAGUUUAUAUUUUCAUGCGGAGAAAUAUUUCUGUGAUACACAAGAGAGAAAAAAUCCAUCAGCUGGGAUAUACUUUAUAACUUCUGGAAGACAGAAAACUACAAUUAAACCAGAAACAUAAAGAAGAUCAGGACAGAAGAGACAUCAGAGCCAUGAACCCUGAUCAACAAUCAGAGAAACAAAAGCGAAUCUAUUUGGGUUAACAGAACUGUGCAGAGGAUUCCUCCCCAACCCAAACCCCAGCAUGCAGCGGCUGAGUGAAUUUGGUCUGGACUCUGUGGAGGAGAAUCAUGUUUUUCUUGUUUUCAGAGACGCUGUAGAAGGACAGAAGACCUGCUCCGUGAUCCAGGUACACUCCCACUCUGAAG